AUGAAGUACUUUCUGCUGGUUUUAACGACGCUAGCUUUAGCUACUGAAUACAAGCCUAAGAAGCAGGUGAUAAUUGAAAUAGAAGACGUCAAAGUUAAGGAAGGCUGCUUGGACGACACUGUGUGUACCAUCAAGGAUUUACAGUUGUCUAUGAACGCAAACUUGAUGGAUAUGAGUGUAUUUAGACGAAGUUAUGAUUCUGUCAAAAAUGUAAGUGUUUUAGGCUUAAAUCUUGAGUGGAGGAAUGAGUUAUGAAGUUUUGUAAGGGAACAGGUGGCCUGACGUCUAGUGUAAUAUAGUCUUUGCCUAAAUUUUGAAAGUUUUUGGAAUUUUUUGGGAAUUUUAUGAAAAGAAUAAGUUAACGCACUACUUUUAACGUUGUUUAAGUUAAGUUCGAUUUGAGUUUAAAUCAUAUUUUAUCUUCAGGGAGCUCUACAAACAUUUGUCUUCACUUUAUACGGCAAUCAGCUCAAAACUUCUGAUGUAUCGUUUGUUUUUGGUGGCGUUGAUCCUCAAUUUGGAUUUGACAGACCGUGUGACGAAUCAGUCAAGCCUUACAAAGUUGAUUUGGAUAAGGUAAGUUGGUUUUUCGUAGCAAAAACUUAUUUUUUACUAAUUUUCUGUUGUUUUAGCUUUUUUUGCUGAUUUUUGGUCUAAUUGGAUCUUUUUUGUUGAGAAAAACAGUAAUAUAGGUAAUAACUUAGAUUAAUUUAGAUAAAAAUUUGAAUUUAUUAUAUAUUUUCUCUUUCAGGCUAGAUCCGACUCCAUUCAGCUUCACGGAACAUGCUUUACAUUGACAACAAAGAUCUCCGUGAUCAAUUUAUUGAGCGAAGAGAAGCUACAUUACGAAUACUUGGUCAAAAAUCAACAUGAUUCGAACUUCCAAAUCCUGCUUAUCAGUGGUGCCACUCUUGGCGCAUUGUUAAUCAUGGUUACUGUUGCUUUAAUCACAAGAAGAACCUGUGGAUCAAGGGAGAAACCGCUGAAAGUCGAGGGUGGACGACCGGUAGGCGAGAAUUUAAUGGCUGCUGUAUAG